AAAGGCUGAGGCACGAAUAUGGUCAAGUUCAAUACUUAAUGAGGAAACAUUCAACAGGACUGAACGAUUUACAAGAUGAUUAUAAACAAUUUCUCCUCACCAAGUUGAAGAAAUCAGUUAAUAAUCUGCAAAAUGACCUCGAGAAUUCGGUGUUACAAGUCGAAUUCUGCCGGAGGAUCGAGAUGCUCCUUUUCUUCGGAGUCAAAACAAGGGCGUUUAAGUGGAAAAAGGAAUCUCAAGACAUCUGGGACCUACUAAAAGAAGUGUCCCCACAGCACAUCAUAGAAGACAUUAUGCUGCUGAAGUCUGUUAAAACUGAUAUGGGUAGAAUUCGUGCGUGGAUCAGAGUUACGAUUAACGAGUCAACAUUGCAAAGCUACAUUCAGCUUCUAACUGAUCAAAGCAUCACUAGGAAGUAUUAUGAAAGCAAUGCUGUGUUUAGCAACGGCGAUUUAGUGACAAAGAUGGCGGAAUUGGUAACUGUAAUAACGGAAACCUCCUGUAAAGUGAUAUUCAACUGUGAUUCGUUCGAUUUCGACAUUGCUCCAACAGCGUUGGAGUUGCCAACCUCGAGUCUUAUCGAAAGAUCUGCAGAGACCGUUAAUGAUCCAGCUGACAUCAUCAGUGAUUCUAUUUCCACUCAAACGUCUUUGGAGUCAACUCUAGAGGCUAAAUCUCAAGAAACGGCAAUUAAACCUGUCGAGAAGUUCGCGAGUAGCCCAGUUGAUGUGACACCCGAGCCAUUGACACCCGAGCCAUUGAUCGAGAUUGCAUCAACAGAUGAGAGCGAAAGUGAUGAUGAAUCUUUUGGAGAACCUCUUGAAUUGAAACUAGAAGAAGCAGAUAACCUGAUGGAUGUUGAAAUUGAUGGCACAUCUGAUCUAAAGAUUGAGACCAUUAGUAUUAACGUUACUGACAGUGUUGAUGAUCAGACUGAAAGUCCUCUUCAACCAACGUUAGAAUCCAGUGAAGAGCAGCAGCUAACUCUUAAAGUCCGCCGGACAAGCCCAGAGUCCUUUCUGUCGUCUCCCGAAAAGUGCCCAAUUGCUGAUGAGAUAACUGAUCAUAUCAGUGCAGAUAUUCCCAUUAGUAAAUCAGGGAACCCUAUCUCAGUGAAGAACACUUUAAUAGAAUCAGCUGGUAUUGUCAACUCUGUACCUCUUCUGCUGGACGGUAUUAUGUCUGAAUAUUCGCUAAACAGGCAAGAGAAACUCCUGAAUGACUCACCAUCUGAUUCCAGGUUGCUCUCACCGGUGUCUGAACCCUUUGGAACAGACCUCAUAACUUCGUCAAGUUCUCCUACCCUUAGCUCACCAAGUGUAGAAAUGCAGGAGGAAUCUCCUCAGCCUACCCAGCAAGAGUCGUUGGAACCAGAGGAAGAUCAAGGUGAUGAUGAUGAGUUCGAAGAAUUGAUCCUACGUGAGGGGGACGAGACUCCGGAGCCGGUCGAGGAGCCAUCUACGGAAGUUGAGGAGGUUGGUGGAGAAACUUUGUUUCCUGAAAAUCUCACUGCUUCUUCUCCGAUCAAAAGAGAAGAGGAAUCCGAGAACGAAUCUUCAUCUCAUUGUGAUUUGGUACCGGGAACACCUAAAGAUAAUUUGAUAUGUGAAGAGGAGAUAUAUGAUUUGAGGCAGAAGAUGGGCAAUUCGCUGCAGACAUCGCGGGACAAAAUGUCGGAGAUGUUAGCCCAGAAAGUAGACCCUGGUUACGAUGACCCCUACGAGGAUGUAAGCAGUGCAAAGUCCCUCAGCUCAGGAUCUAACCAAUCACCUUUUAGUGAGAGCGACAGUCGGGACAACAUCCUCCAGCUUCUCGAAUCAGUCCCAGAACCGAGUGGACCGUCUAUCCCAGUACCUGAUGACAGUGAGGAGGCCCCGAGCACACCACACGAACCCCACUCCCUGGGUUCCUCCCUCUACAGACUCUUCAGCAGAGGCCCUACAGAUCUCCGACCCUCCAAAGCAGACAACCUCUCCAACCUGGCUGAGAUCCACAGUGCUGUGGUGGACGAUGUUCCCUUCUCUGCGGAAGAACAGUACAGUGCGCGCAGUUACCUGUUGGGUGCAACGCGCGCGACAGCGUCCUACACGUACGAGUCUGCUAAUCAGUGGUACGCGCUCAGUAAGGACAUGUGGUGGUGGUUACAGAAGAGAGUUAUCACAGAACAUGAGUGCCAACAUCCCGUACCUCCACAAAACGAUCAAUUUAACGGUAGUCCUAACUCCUCACUACUUGAUAUCUGCACGGAGCAGUGUGCGUGUUGUAACGCUAUUGUUAUAGACUACUGUGCUAACGACAUGCAGGACCCUAACUCCAUACCUGUCUCCAGGUCAUGUCCCCCCUUCUCUAACAUUUCACAACAUAUGGUACACUCCCCGCGAUCACCGAGGAUAAUGAGUCAUAAUUCAGACUCCAGGGAUUACUUCAAUAUUGAUAUCCUGCAGAACCCGGUACCUACCCUCGAGUCUCUGGACAAGGCCAUUGAGAUGCAGAAGAUGCGAACUCAGAACACUACAGAGGAAUCAGCCAAGAAACGAGAGAUGGACAUCCUGGUGAAACUCCGGAAAAAGAAACACGAUCUCAAGAACAACGGCUCAGACUCUUCCUCAGAGACCCUGGACACCACAAUCAACAUCCUGGGUCACACCCUGGUGAAGUCGUCUGAGCUGAGCGGGUACUGCUCAAAGUGCGCGGGCGCGAUAUACCGGCGCAUCAAGACGGCGUACACGUGCUCAGUAUGCAAUGUUAUCCUGCACAAGGCCUGUAUUAACGAGGUGUCGAGGAGGUGCUCUCUGGCUAAUAAAGACACUUUAACACUGAUGAGUAAGAUAGCACCUGCUCACGGCCUUCACGAACAGAACUACUGUUGCUACGACUGUGGAUCCGAGAUAUCUUACAGUUCCACAAAAGUGCACACAUGUGACUACAACGGACGGUACUACUGCCAGGAGUGCCACAAGAAGACCCUCCACCUGGUCCCUGCGCGGGUUAUCCACAACUGGGACUUCAAACCCCGCCAACUAGCCCUCCAGUCUCAGGAAGUUAUAGCGUAUCUAGCUGACAAGGAGUAUCUUAACAUCGAGAAUAUAAACCCCCAGCUGUUUGACAGUGUGAGUGUAAUGCACCAGCUCAGAGACUUGAGAGAGCAAAUAAUCCUCUACAAAGCUCACUUCGUGCAGUGCUCCAGAGCCCUGAGGGAGGGUGUCUUUCUCAAACUCAAAUCCAGACAACACUUUAUAGACACUUCCAAACUGUACACAAUCAGAGACUUAACAGAGGCCCAGAGUGGGACCCUUCUCCCCGAGAUAACAUCUGUCAUUCAAGACUAUCAGAAACAUGUCGACAGGUGCGAAACCUGCUCCAAUCAGAAGUUUCUCUGCUCAGUCUGCGAGUCGCCUCCCCUUAUCAGCCCCUUCAGAGACGUGUACAGUAUAGCUCAGUGCUCCCAGUGUCACGGUGUGUUGCACAGACCCUGCUUUAAUAGGUCAGACAAGUGUCCUUACUGUUCAGCUUCUCUCAUCAACGAAUUAUAAACACAAGGAAAGUUUAUUUUAGGAUAGUUAUAUGAUAAAGUUUCAGUUGUUAUAUUAUUUGGAAUUGAGAAACAGUUCCAAUACCGAGCCCUCGUUUGUAUGAAAUUGUAUUGGUUUGUGUAAUGUAAUUAAAUAUCGAUUUUUAUUGACCAAGUUGGUAGAUAAUAUUUGUUAUUAUGUAUUUUUAUUUGGGUUACUGUUCGGUUAAUAUGGUUACUCUACAUUGCCGUUACUUCCUUAGAUAUAAA